AUGGGGCAGAAUUGGACUGGCCCACACGCAAAGGCCCCACUGAACAAGGAGCAGCAUGGGCAAGUAGAGAAGCGUGCUACUGAGCGCAGGCUGAGUCCACCAAGGGUCCAGAAUGUCUGGCCUCUGGUGGACAUUCACCCCACCACUUGCUACCACCUCCAUGUGAAGUUCAAGAAGCUCAAGAUGGAGGAAGAGCGGAUUUCCAUCAUUGACAGGAACAGCUGCCUACUCCUGCAGAAAGUGGCUGCCAUUAUGAAGACCAGGAGACAGGCUGACUGUCAAAAUAAUGUCACCUACAAGAGGUAACAAAGAAACUUGCCACCAGCCAGGG